ACCUAUAAAUGUACGUCUUAGAUUAUAACCAUCACAGCAUAGUAAACACCGAAAAACUCCUAGCAAGUCCCAUAGCAAUAUGACAACUCAUAAAAAGAGCAAUAUGGCAGACCAUUUGGAGCCUUGGCGCCAAUUGCAAGGCAAAGUGGUGUUUGUCACCGGUGCAUCGGCGGGGCUCGGCCGUGAAUUCUGCCUUGACCUUGCUAGGGCAGGCUGUAGUGUCGUGGCGGCCGCCCGUCGGGUGGACCGCUUGGAAUCCCUUUGUCAUGAAAUUAAUACAAUGGCAAGUUCAAAUACUCAACUUGUUAGAGCAGUGGUUAUUGAACUUGAUGUUACUGCUGAUGGUCCAACUAUUGAAGCAUCUGUAAAGAAAGCUUGGGAUGCUUUUGGCUACAUUGAUGCUCUUAUUAACAAUGCUGGUGUUAGAGGUGGAAUAAAAUCAGCAGUAGAUCUUUCUGAGGAAGAGUGGCGCAAUACUUUACAAACAAAUUUGACAGGAUCUUGGCUAGUUUCCAAGUAUGUUGGAAGACAUAUGAAAGCUGCAAAAAGGGGAGGCUCCAUUAUUAAUAUUUCAUCUAUUUCUGGUUUAAAUAGAGCUUUAAUGCGUGGGGGAAUUGCCUAUAGCUCCUCCAAGGCUGCCAUGGAUUCCAUGACAAAGAUAAUGGCAUUAGAAUUGGGAGAACACAACAUUAGAGUGAAUGCAAUAGCUCCAGGGCUUUUCAAAUCGGAGAUUACUGAGAAACUAGUAGAACAAGAUUGGCUAAAGAAUGUAGCAACAAGAACUGUUCCACUGAAAACUUUUGGAACCACAGAUCCAGCAUUAACUUCACUAGUGAGAUAUUUGGUCCAUGACUCUUCCAACUAUGUAUCUGGCAAUAUCUUUAUUGUUGAUGCUGGUUAUACUCUACCCGGCCUCCCUAUCUUUUCUUCUCUAUAAGUUAUUAUCACUUGAAGAGGAAUUGUAGUAUAUUAUUGAUAAAAUAUUUUUCUUUUAUUAGGAAUGUGGUGUUAAUAUUUCUCUAUAACUUCACUAGGCAAACAUUUUUCAAUAAUACAAUAUAAUAUUUUCCUUUUUUA